UUGAUUGCACUGGACCGUGUUGUAUAAACUGCCUCUAGACCCACAACAAUGCUGUUGUUGUUCAAACUCUCGCUGCUGUCUACAGCAUUGGCGACCGUGUGUUCCUAUAACUUCCUCAACGAAUAUGACCAACCUUUUGAUUUCCGAUGUCCAGAUGGUUCCGUGAUCAACUAUAUCUACAGUGAACACAACGACUAUUUUGAAGACAGGCGUUUCGAAAUUCUCUGCGCUAGCCAAACACAGACAACUGAGUGUGUGAAUAGCGGAUACGUGAAUGCUUUUGAUAAGCCCGUGAACUUCAUCUGUCCUCGGGACAAAGUUAUGACCGGCAUUGAGAGUUACCAUGACAACCACUACGAAGAUCGUCGUUUCAACUUCCAGUGCUGUAAAAUCCCAGACAAGAAAUUGAGCAACUGUUACAUGACAGAAGAGGUCAACACCUGGGACGGACCGAUGACCCUGCAAGUCCCGGAUGGUCAGGUGAUUCAGGGCGCUCACAGUUACCACAACGAUUUCUAUGAGGACAGAAUUUGGAAGUUCCAGCUUUGUCAGUUAGAAGAUAACCAGUUUUUGAAUAACCAACUAAUAAAGACUCGUCUGAAAUUUACUAACACAAUUAAUUUAGACUUAGAAACUGGCAAGUAAAUAAUAUUCUUUAAAAAAAAGAGUUAAAGAUUCUGUUUUUUUUUUCCUCUUAUUUUAUUUGCAGUACAAAUACACCAAAAACUAUUUGUCGUAAGCUAUUAUAUAAACUGAUAUAAUUACAAUUUAAACAUUUUAAAUGUUGAUCUAAUAUCUAAUCGAUGAAAUAAACUGUCUUAAAGUUA